CCAGGAACAUGGACGCCUUUCAUGUCGCAUUACAUAUCGCUUUGGUGUUUUAUCUCAUCACACCUGGAUCGUCAGCUUGUCUCUUUGGUUGCACCUGCACAGAUGAUAACCUGGGGAGGUCUUUAAUAUGUAUGGGAACCUCCAUGGGACAAAUCCCAGAGGACAUCCCAAAUGACUUCACUAGAAUCCGAAUUGAAAACUGCCACCUGACAGAGUUGCCUCCAGGAUCUUUCUCUCGAGUUAGUGCCUUGGAGUUCCUCUGGCUGAAUUUCAAUGAGAUCACCCUGAUGAAUAUCAAGAGCCUGGACGGGCUCGCCAACCUCACAGAGCUGAGGCUGCAAGGGAACAAGCUGACGUCGGUGCCGUGGACAGCGUUUCAGGACACUCCGAAACUCAAGAUUUUGGACCUGAAGCGCAAUCGGCUGGACGUGCUGCCAGAACACGCUCUGAGGCACUUGCCUGCGCUGACCUAUUUAGAUUUAUCGUUCAAUCAGCUUAGUGUCAUAUCAAAAGACGUCUUCAUUAACUGGCCUCUUUACCAAAAAGCAGAGAGAGCGUGGGGGAAAGAGGGCCUGGUGUCCAACGUGGUUCUGGGGCUGCAUGACAACCCCUGGUUGUGCGACUGCCGCCUCAAAGGCUUUGUUGAAUUCAUCAGGGCGGUCAGCCCUCCCAUCAUUCUCAUGAACUCUUAUCUGAUGUGCUCAGGCCCCGCCUCCAGAGCGGACAAGUUUUUCCAUGACAUCCAGUUAAAAACGUGCAUGAAGCCGGUGGCCUCUGCCCCAGAGAAUAACAUCACUUUACCUCUUCAGGCAAAUGCAACGCUGACAUGCUUAGUCAAGGCUCGACCGGACCCGACCAUCCAGUGGAUGUACAGUCUGAAGAUUAUAAGAGGAUUUGCUGUUAAGGAGACUCACAUAGAUGAGGAGACCGUCACUUCCCAGCUCCUGAUUCCCUCCAUUCACCUGGCGGACAGAGGACUCUACACUUGCACGGCCAACAACUUCAUUGGCAACUCCUCCGUCGGCAUUAUGCUCAGCAUCAUCCCCCCCAACGCCUCCAACCCUCUCCCUCCGCCCGUCCCCAUGCUGUCAUCGGACGAGAACCCCCACAUCGACAUCCGCAUCGCCAAGCAGACAGUUUACGGCAUCACCCUCGAGUGGCACGCGGCCACGGACAACCCUGGGGAAACCUGGUUCACCAUCCACUUUGGCAAAUACGACUCCCCCAAGAAGGAGAUGAUUUACAUCGGCCCGGGCAUCAACAGCUACUCAGUGAGCGAUCUGCUUCCCGUCACCAAAUACGAGGUGUGCUUGAGCCUGAAGAACCACCCGCCGAGGGAAGGCCAGUGCAUCGUGUUCGUGACGGGAAGCGACAUUAGUGAGAUGGAGCAAAGAGAGAGGCUCAUCCACAUUGUAGUCAUCGUGUGCGCCAUGGUGCUGGCCGUGCCGGCCGGCAUGUACGCCUGCACCACGGAGGCCAGGUUCAGUUGCGUGGACCGCUGCGUGGACCUGUGGAAGAAACGGAGGAUGCACGAAGAGAACCUGCCGGGGACGGAGAGGCAGGGCACCUUCGACAGCCUGCAGGCGGCCAGCGACGAAAACCUGUGUCGGGACUCAGGGGAAACUCAGAAAAGGAGGCGGAAGUCUGAGGAUAGGUGCAAAGGAGGAAGUGCAGCUUACAUGUACUAGGCUUGAAGUCUAGAAUCGCAGGGUCAUGUGUGCAUGUAUGUAAAUGGCAGUUAUUAGUGACGCUCCAGUUUGUGCCUUUCAUGGAUUCACAUUUACAUUACAGGAGUUACGCCUCGUUUUCACAGUAAAAAUAAAUAUGUGAUCUUUGAAAAAAUAUCCAAGAAGAUCCUUUAAGUGAAGCUACAAGGUUAUAUCCGCAAUCCAUUAAACAAUAUAGUGUGCCACAAAAUAGAGGGGAUUGAAUGUAUGAUGUUCUUAUGCAAAGUCAGUGUAUUACCUUGGACAGGGUCGGCAGCAAUAUGCAUUUUAGCAACUGAAAAUACCACCGAAAGCGAGGCCCGAAAAUAUAUGUAAUCUCAGUUUAAGGGUUAUGCAAUACACUUAGAAUAUUAUUCAUAUUUAGCUUACAUUAAGAUAGUGUUUUCUAACUGAAGCCAGUGCACUGCGCUCUUUAAAGCCACCAGACUCUAUUGACAAAAGCUGUUAUUUGGAAUCAGAAGCAGUUUUAUUGGCCACGUAUGUGUGCUGUUGACCCUGUCCACAGCAGUACAUCAUAUAUAAUACACCGUCUAAGGACCUCACACAACAAAAACAUACUGUGUGUGACAUAUCUUACACAGGAAAUAUGUUGAUGUGUUAAUUUGGUUUCAAACACAUUAAAAAGUAUUAGAAAGAUUCUAUAUAUUUUAAAGAUACAUGAAAGUUUACUAUAUUUUAGAUGUUUUUUUGUUUUUUGUUUUAUUUCCUGCUGCCGUCUGAGGAAGGUUUGUUCCCAUGGGUGAAAUCGCACAAACUGGGGCUGCGAGCGUAAAUACAUAUCUCAAGCUAUCAGCUCAAAAUGGAGAUGCCUUUCUUCCUUAUCAUAGGGAGAGUUUGUUAUUAUCUGUUCUUUAAGACUCUUUUUCUCAGUGUUUUGAUACUGGUUGCUAAAUGUGAAAUAUAUACAGUAUAUAUAUAUAUGAAUUAAGUUCUUAUACAGUGUUGUAUAUAUUUCUAUGUUAUCAUUACAAGAGCAAAUUGUAAUCGCUUGGCUAAAAAAAAAACAUGUUUAUUUUUUAUUGUUUGCUUUCUGCAGCUUUCUGAUUUUCUGUCUUGUGAUGGAGAGAAUAGACGUGGAUUAAAGGGGAGUCAAAGAUGAAUGCUGAGACAUUUUUUAGCACAAUCACUCAGAGGAUUUGUUACAUAAGGAGAGUUUUUUCCCGUGCAUUUAUACAUACACUGGUAAGCAGAUUAAAGUGAUUUUCCAUCUGAA